AUGCAGGAUGCAGCAAUUCAUCCGAGAACAUUCGGCACUAACGGAUUAAUGAAUGAUUUCAGUGGUAAUCGCAUCGUACUUCAUUCACUUGCUCCCCUAUGUGAGUUGUUCCGUAUAUCCGGUGAUAUUCACCCUGAUGAAUCGUCGCAUCAAAACGGCUCAUGCCCAACUUGUGCUCAGCAACAAACGAAGAGUGAAGACUUUCACAGACGAAGCCACUCAACAUAUCCGAGCAGUUGGGUAAAAUCUUGUUCACAAGCACCAUUCACGAACACUACGUUCGACUGCGUGCAAGAAUUUUCAGGAGCCGUCUGUAUAGUUUAUCAGCAAGUGAGAACCGUGAAUCGAGUUGUGCUGAGUCUACCAAGGACUCAAAUCGAAAUUUUGACGAUACGGUGA